UCGCUGCGCCCCGACUCGGGGGCGGCAUGAGCCCCCGGCCGCAGCCCUAGCGCCCGCUCCUCCGCCCGGGCGGCCCGGCUGCGGUGACGGGCGCUCCUGCAGGGGUGGGGGCCAUGAAGCCGAGUGCGGCCGGGACGGCGAGGGAGCUGGAGCCGCAGGCGCCGGCCCGGGGCGAGCCGCGCGCGGCGGAGCCCGAGGGGCGCUGGCGGGAGAAGGGCGAGGCGGACACGGAGCGGCAGCGCACCCGGGAGCGGCAGGAGGCCACGCUGGCCGGGCUGGCUGAGCUGGAGUACCUGCGCCAGCGCCAGGAGCUGCUGGUCCGGGGUGCCCUGCGUGGCGCCGGGGGCGCUGCGCCCCGCGCUGGGGAGCUGCCGGGGGAGGCGGCGCAGCGCAGCCGCCUGGAGGAGAAGUUCUUGGAAGAGAAUAUCUUGCUGCUGCGGAAGCAGUUGAAUUGUUUGAGGAGAAGAGAUGCUGGUUUGUUGAAUCAGUUGCAAGAACUUGACAAGCAGAUAAGUGACCUGAGACUGGAUGUAGAAAAGACAUCUGAAGAGCACCUGGAGACAGACAGUCGGCCCAGCUCAGGGUUUUAUGAGCUGAGUGAUGGGGCUUCAGGAUCCCUUUCCAAUUCCUCUAACUCGGUCUUCAGUGAGUGUUUAUCCAGUUGUCAUUCCAGCACCUGCUUUUGCAGCCCCUUGGAGGCAACCUUGACUAUCUCAGAUGGUUGCCCCAAAUCUGCAGAUGUGCAUCCCAAGUACCAGUGUGAUCUGGUGUCUAAAAACGGGAACGAUGUGUAUCGCUAUCCCAGUCCGCUUCACGCCGUGGCCGUGCAGAGCCCCAUGUUUCUCCUUUGCCUGACGGGCAACCCUCUGAGGGAAGAGGAGAGGCUUGGUAACCAUGCCGGUGACAUCUGUGAUGGAUCUGAGCCGGACGCCAUCAAGACAGCCACUUCCUUACCAUCUCCAAGCAGUUUGUGGUCUGCUCCCCAUCCUUCGUCCAGUAAGAAAAUGGACGGCUACAUUCUGAGCCUGGUCCAGAAAAAAACACACCCCGUAAGGACCAACAAACCAAGAACCAGUGUGAACGCUGACCCCACGAAGGGGCUUCUGAGGAACGGGAGCGUUUGUGUCAGAGUGACCGGGGGCGUCUUACAGGGCAACAGCGGGAACCUUAAGAAUCCUAAACAGGUGCUUUUGCCCCCUGGCGGAGUCCCUUCUUUGGACAGUGGGACGUUCUCCCCGCCGAAGCAGUGGUCCAAAGACUCAAAGGCAGAACCACUGGAAAGCAAGAGGUUGUCCCCGCCGGAGGGCGCUGCCGCUGAACUUCCAAGUAAGCAUGUGCCCAAGAAUGCCAAGCCAGCUUCGCAGGAACACGCUCGGGGGCCCGCCGCAGUGACGGGGGACUCCCCCAGAGACAGCAUUCAGGUCCUCGCUGCCUCUCCGAAGGAGAGCCCUGGGAGGGGCCCGGCCCCGCCGCAGGAGAACAAAGCUGGGCAGCCGCUGAAAAAGGUGCCCCAGAAAGGCGGCCUGCCGCCCGCCCCUCCGGCAGCGCCCCCUGUCGCCCCCGCGGCGCUGCUGGCCGCGGCUUUCGCGGUGGAGGAGCGGCCCGCGCUGGAUUUCAGGAGCGAGGGCUCCUCUUCGCAGAGCCUGGAGGAAGCGCCCCCCGUGAAGGC